CUCUCUCGUAUUGUCGGCCACAGUACUCAUCACCCACGCCUGAACAAGCCCGCAUUAUUGUCGCGCGCCCCCAGCGCCAUUGUUGCCAUUGUUGCCGCAACGCCCUGUCCGGCCCACGCGAGACCCUCGUUUCUUCCGCGAAACCUCACCACCACGACCGCGUCUGUCUUCCACUGGCUGCCGCCGCGCCGACCCACGUCCCUCGCGCAACCCACCGCGAGCUUCUGCUAGCUGCGGCCUCACUUCAGUCGCUUGCGACAACGUCACCUCGGCCACCACCAGUCGUCGCGCACCCAUGCUGCGAUUGCGAUGAUCGCCCGCUUGCGAUAACAUGCAAGACAAGCAAAAAUGGAUUCCCACCAGAGAGGAGCAAGCCGACCUCGAGGCCAUCGAUGCCGAGCUGCAGCGCAUGCGCGAGCACAUCACCACCGAUCCCUAUGUUAUGACCAUUCCGCAGGAUGUUGAGCCGCGCUACCACCAUCACUACGAGGCUCAGGCGAAGCAAUGGCUGUACAGCACGCCCUUCAGCGAAGGCGAGCACGAGGCUACGCAGUACCUGACUUUCCACUACCACGAGCCAGGCAAGGGCAUGUACAUGUUGCACAACAGCCGGCCCAUCGGUGAGCCCAGCGCAAAUGGUCACCGGGACAAACCACGACCAGGAACUGGCGCGAACACACCAAGUGGCGGCGUGAAGAAGACGAUCAGCUUCAGCGCAUACAAGAAGGGGAAGCAGACCGGAGACACGGCAACGCCUGAGCGAGGCGCCGCAACGAGCGAGGAUGCGCCGGCAAAACAGCCAGCAGUGAAAGGUCCCAUUGAGCGAGUGAAGGCCGAGACGCAGGAAAUGCUGGCAGCAGUGGCAGAAGAGACAGAGGACAUCCAAAAGAUGCAGAAAGAGAAGUCACCAGAACAGGGAGAUCUGAAGCGUAAGAGGGACCAAAAAGAUGAAGGACCGCAGCAACGUGAGAAGAAGUCAGAGGGCGAGUUGGCUCCCAGCAGUAAGAAGCAAAAGGUAGAGGUCCCGCCCCGAGCAAUCUCGGGCUCACAGGACGCAAAGCCCUCAAAAGUACCGAAAGAGAGUAAGCUCGUCGACGGCGACAAGCACGACGCAGAGUCUGGUCUUCCGCCACGCCUUUCGCCAGGUAUGCCACCGCGACUGUCUCCCGGCCUUCCGGCGAAAUUGUCACCUCUGCACCCAACAGCUACACCUCCUGUGCCUGCGAACACACAUGUUCAACAGGACACUGCCAAGAUUCCAGAGAAGUUACCUUCAAGGCUUUCGCCAUCGAUACCAGAAAACAUCGCCAAAGCACUCAAAGCCCGCGCCAAUUCCUCAAAACCCGCAGCUUCAAGUACGAUUCAAAAGGACAAAGACAACAAACUUACUCCACUGAAAAAGUCGGAUGGAAUAUCCAAGCACAAAUCUCCUGUACCACGCAAUGGCCAUCGUGCCAGAUCCGGCAGUCCGUCGGCUCCAUCUGAGGGUGAUGCUAAAGCUGUGACGGUGGAUGCUAGACCUCGUGACAAGAGCCCACCACCAUCGCAGGACGAAGAGAUUGUAGUUGCCAAAGUCUCCAAAACGAAGUCGGCUGAAAAGGUUGAGACUGCAGAGAAGCCGCGGCUGUUAGUUCGCCUCAAGUUUAGACGAGCGCGCAGAGAUGACAUUCUUCGAAUAUUGAAGAUGCGCUCCAAACCAGACAAGAGUAUGCUUGUCCCAACGACUUCCGCGGCAGAGCCCGCAACAUUCGCGAAGCCAUCUGACAAGCGGAGCGAUGACCGCAAAGAGGACGCGGCAAAAGUGAAGGGAGUUGCGCAGAAGGUUGGACCUGGCAAGAAGAAGGAGAAGGCGUCGGUUGAAGAACCACCAGAGAAGCAUGCCGAGAAGACAGUUCCCAAGCAGCCGGAAAAGCGGCCGGUCAAGGCAUCAGAAAAGGCGGCUUCACCGAAACGAAAAGCGGAAGACGACAAGCAGGGCCCGGCUGCUAAGCGCAAGAAACUGGAGCCAAGCGAUGCACGGAGGGAACCUUCAACGCCAGCACAGCGCGAUGUGGAAUCGCCAGCUGCUCCGAAAUCAGGACAGCAUAAUACACCUGGAACACGUAAAGAUAUUCUAUCGCAAGCAAUGCGGCGGGAACAGUCACAGGACAGCAACGCCACGCACACUCCUCCAGCAACUUCCAGCACGCCAAGCGUCGCAGGCAACUUGCAGCCCAAUGGCAUCAGCAGGCCACCUUCCAGCCAGCCGAGCAGUAAGACGCCGAGGCAGAAUGCUUUCGAGGUUGAGCAGAAGCGCUUGGAAGUUCUGGGCCGGGAGCUGAAGCACGCCGCAACUGCUCACCUGAACCAUUCGCAGACCCCAGUGGACCAGAAACUGGCUGCCGUAAAGUCUGUGGAGUCCUUUCUCUGCUAUAUGUUGGCUUUCACAUGUGCGGAUGAAGCUGCUGCCGCAGCCGACCCCAGGCAGGUGCCACCGUAUAGGCUGUGGCGCACUCUCAACGGUCUGUAUGCUUUUGUCAAGCGCAUCACUGACGCAUAUCUGCCUUUGAGUGGUUUGAUCUGUUCAUUGGGCGUGGUGUUCAACUCUCGCAUUCUGGAAAUCAGCACUGUCCUUGCGGAUCCGCCUAGUCAGCACACAUUCGUCGAUGUGGCGCAGUUGCUGCAAAAAGCUGUCGCAGGAGCAGACGAGAAGCUUGACAUCGAUGCACUGCAGGAUAGCUUCCCAAGGUGCUGGAAAGAGAGGGCGAAGAAGAUGCCCGCGAAUGAUAAGCUAGAUCCCACGAAGCUCGGUGGACAGUACAAGCUCCCUCUGGGACCCGCCACGACACCUGUGCGCGCAGCUCGAGCUGGGCAUGCAAUGUUACGAGAAUGGAUGGACCGAGAGAAGGUCGAUUACAGCUUGAAGUUGAAGCUCUAAGGAUGAGCUACGUUUGAAUAGCGAAGUAAUGGCGUUUAGGGAAAUGGCUAGAAAGCGAAGUCCGACGCAGAUCGGCAGAAUACGGCAUUGCGAUUGAACGGACGAACACGGCGGAGGCUACAUGUUUUGGUUUGUGAGCUCGAUCUUUGCAUCUUGAGCUGAAUGACGAUAUACCCCCGAUAGCAAUUGUGAGCUACAGGACCUUUCUACGU